GUGGCCGGUAAGAGUUUCUGCCCAGGUAGGGGGUUAAAUUGCCCCCUCCCAGUUCCCGGAGCUGCUGCCGAUCGCUGGCCGUGGUUGCAUUAACAGCUGGAUGGAGGCUCUCUCAGCUCUGACGAAGGGCAUUGACAUUGAGUCAGACCCUAAGGGGUUUUUCAAUGCAGCGCUACAGGUGUAUGAGAAAUUCGUGGAGCUUUUCAAAGAUGGAGGCCAGGCAGAGGCAGCCUCCAAAGCUCAGGAGGAUCUGGAGUCGCUGGAAAACACCAAGCUCAACAUUGCUGUCACGGGGGAGACGGGCUCUGGAAAAUCCUCCUUCAUCAAUGCCCUCCGCGGUUUGGGUGCUGAAGAUCAAGGCGCGGCUCAGACCGGGGUGAUAGAAACAACGACAGAGCCGACGGCUUAUCCCCAUCCAAGCUACCCGAAUGUGAUCCUGUGGGACCUGCCGGGGAUUGGGGCGAUGGAUUUUCGACCAGAGAGAUACCUCCAGCAGGUGAAUUUCAGCCGCUAUGACUUCUUUGUCAUUGUUGCUUCGGAGCGGUUCCGAUCGAGCCACGCCGACCUGGCCCGGGAGAUCCAGAGGAUGGAGAAGAAGUUCUAUUUUGUGCAUUGCAAAGUGGAUGAAGACUUGGCCAACGCAAGAAGGGCUCAUCCUCAAGCCUACAUCAAAGAGAAUGUUCUCCAGAGGAUCAGGGAGAACGCCAGGAAAUGCCUGAGAGACCAAGGAGCAAUCAACCCCCAGGUCUUUCUUCUCUCCAACUGGAACUUAGACCAGUAUGAUUUUCCCUUGCUGGAGGAGACGCUGGAGAAGGACCUCCCCCGUCUACAGAGACUUGUGUUCCUGCUCAGCCUGCCCAACUUCUCUCCGGAAAUCAUAGAGAAGAAGAAAUCUGCUCUGCAUGGGCACUUAUGGAAAAUAUCCCUGGUGUCGGCUUUUAUCAAUGUCCUUCCCAUGGGAGGUGUCUCUCUCGCUUGUGAUGUUGGCCUCCUGUUGGUAUCCAUGAUAGCCUUCUACAAACAAUUCAGCCUUGACGAUGACUCCUUAGCUAAACUGGCCAGGCAGGCUGGGAAGCCCGUGGCAGAGUUCAAGGCUGUUAUCGUCUCACCACAAGGGGAAGUUCUCACCCGAGAUGUAUUAAUGAAGAAGAUUGUCCGGGUUGGGUGCGGCCUCACCCGCUUAGUCGAACGAUGCUUUGAUCUCAUCCCAGUGAUUAGCACCCUGGCUGCAGCUGGGUCGUCCUUUGCUACGUCCUACUGCAUUCUGUCAAACUUCCUGGAGAAGGUGGCUGAGGAUGCACAAAGGGUUUGCAAGAAAGCUCUGGAGUAAGAUGGGAACGUGUCAAGAUCGAGAAACAGAGAUUUUGAAUGCAAAGUGUUCAAAAUUUUUUGGUUGGAAAUGUUGGAAGUUUGGAACAAAUUCACACAGAGCAUUUUUGUUUUGAAUCACCAUUAAUUUGAGUCUGAACUGGAAUUUUAAAUCAACACAAACAUUUUCAUUUCCAGAUUUCCUGUGGGGAAACUGACAUUAUUAUAUCAGGGAGAGGAAAGGGCAGGAAUGUUGGUGAUUGAAAUUGGGAUAAUUCCAAUUAGACUGUGGAAAAAACACACUUGGAAAAAAUCUCUUCCAAGCGCUCAGAGAGAGAAUUUGCUGAGCAGAUAUUCAUUUUUCUUGUUUAAAAGGUGAUGCACAA